CGAUAAAUGUCGAUUGUCGGGGCAGGACCCGUACGCGUACGUGCCUCAUGGAGGGCUGUGGUUUGCCAGCACGGGGGCAGGGGAUGAGCGCGGACGGGGGUGCAGACGGAGCGGCCAAAUCGCAUGGAGAAUGCACAGCCAGAUAAGACACGAGCUCCGGAAAAGCGCUUCCUCGGAACGGGGUUGCAUACGGAACGCGAAGCUCGCGUGAUGUUGGUGAUCGGAGGUUUCGGUCCUGCAAGCCCGCGGCGAGCUCAUCGAAUCCCAUGGCAGCUGCAGCGGCCUGUUCUGGAGUCUGGUGCCUCUGGAGCGCUAAGCUGGUAGCGCUGCAUCAACGUGGGCGCGGGCAGGUGGGCGCUUGCGGCACUUUGGCUCGAGCUUAUUGUCGAAUUGAAUCGAGUGCCAAGGGCGGCAGGGUUCACGAGAGCUCUGCUUCUGGUGCAGGCUUCGGCGCUGGGGCUGUCGUAGGAGCAGGAGGAGGGGCAGGGGCACGGCCUCUGUACGGUACAGGGAACGGUGGGCCCCUUGGAAGAGCAGCGCGUGCUGGAUUCAAGAUUCCGACUCCUUCUUGCGAGGGCUUUAUAAGAGCCCCCCUGAGCUCGGGUGCGGGACCAGAGACCCGGCGGAUUGUGGCGAGAGCAGGGGACGGACAGGGCGACGAGAACGAUUCGAUGACGACGACGACGACCAACAAAUCGAGCGUGGCGGAGGAGCUCGUGGAAUUCCUCAAUGGGGCCUGUACCCCCUUCCACGCCGUCCAUGAGGCGAAGGUCAGGCUGAAGGAGGCUGGAUACGAGCAGUUGUCCGAGAGGGAAGCAUGGCCACUAAAGCCCGGUGGCAAGUACUACUUCACGCGAAAUCAUUCCACAAUUGUGGCUUUUGCCAUCGGAAUGAGGUAUGAAGCAGGAAAUGGAUUCUACGCAAUUGGUUGUCACACUGAUAGCCCUUGCCCGAAGCUGAAGCCAAUUACAAAGAUAUCCAAAGCCGGAUUCUUGGAGGUUGGCGUGCAGAUGUACGGAGGAGGCCUGUGGUACACGUGGUUCGAUAGAGAUUUGACAGUCGCCGGACGAGUUUUUGUUCAACGGGGAGAGAAAAUCUCACACGAAUUGGUCAGAGUUCCUCGACCGAUUCUGAAAGUGCCUUCCCUGGCCAUCCAUCUGAACAGAACUGUGAAUGAAGGUUUCAAAUUCAAUCUCCAGACCAAUUUUGUACCGAUUUUGGCAACUGCCUUGAAGGACGAGGCUAAUAAGCUUGUCACCGUACCCGAUUCGUCGAGUGAGUCUGCAGCUGGUUCCAACGGCACCGUCAAACAAAGUGUUGCCGACGGUGCUCAUCAUCCUCUAUUACUGCAGGUUCUCGCAGAGGAACUGAAUUGUCAACCAAAAGACAUUCUAAACUUUGAGCUGGACGUAAUAGAUACUCAACCGAGUGUGAUCGGAGGCGCAUUGAAAGAAUUUAUCUUUUCUGGCCGACUUGACAAUCUCUGCAGUUCGUUCUGUGCUUUGAAAGCGCUUAUUGAUGCGACGUCAGGGAACUCAUUGGAUGAGGAAGUUGGGGUAAGAAUGAUCUCUCUUUUCGAUCAUGAAGAGAUAGGAUCGGCUUCUGCUCAAGGUGCAGGCUCACCUGUAUUUAUUGACACUCUGCAACGAGUGACAACGCAGUUCUCAGCUGCAGACAGUAAGGGAGUUUUCGAGCAAGGAGUCCAGAAGAGUUUCCUAGUGUCAGCAGACAUGGCGCACUCUUUGCAUCCUAAUUAUAUGGACAAGCACGAUGACAAUCAUCAGCCACAGAUCCAUAAAGGUCUCGUUAUCAAGCAUAAUUGUAACCAAAAGUAUGCCACAAACUCUGCAACCGCUCUCAUAUUCCGGGAAAUCGGUGCCCGUCAUAACAUACCCACUCAGGAAUUCGUGGUACGAAAUGAUAUGGCUUGCGGAUCUACUAUAGGGCCCAUAGUGGCUAGUGGAACAGGCAUAAGAACGGUCGAUGUAGGGGCUCCUCAGCUUUCUAUGCACAGUAUACGAGAGAUGUGCGGAACGGAUGAUGUUGGAUACACUUACCAACACUUCAAAGCAUUCUUCGAAGAAUUUUCAGAGCUUGAUGGCAAAAUAUCUGCUGAUGUAUGAUGGCAUCCAAGUUAUUGACAGUCAUUGGGCUUCAGUAGAAUCACCGACUGCUAUUUAAGCAAGAACCGAAUAGCAGUCGAAUGCUGGAUGCCUAUCAUUUGUAAAUGUCGGUCAACGCUCAAUGGAUGCCAUCGAGCUCUAGUGCCAAGUUUGAGAAAACUGUACACAAAGGUCAGGUCUACUGUUGUACUAUCAUCUUUGCCGGUCGUAGUAAUAUAUGCACGAGUUCGCGACCCUGGUUCUAUUGGGGAACAAUGUUCUGAAAGAAGUUUUGACUUCUUUCAGAACCUAUUUCAGAGCCUUGCUGCCUAUUUCUCACAUUCAUCCUCUGACAAUUGCAAUCGUCCUAUGUGAAACGUAGUGCAAUAAGGCUGUUGUAAUUUACACUGUCCGCAAGCAUCUGGAUUUCAAAGUUGUACAGUAACUAAGAAAGCAAUAAAUAUGUUUGAAUAUGU